AUGCCCAAGUCCAAGCGCCCAGUAGGGCCGCAUGAUGCCCGAGCGGGUGAAGAAGACUUGCGUGUUUGGUCCGCCUCCCUCUCGGACACCAUUGACACGAAGGUGAGCGAUGGCAUCGGUCCUGUGCGUUGUGAUCUUUCCAGGCUUAUGCAAGAUAGGAACCUGGAUGCGACAGAGCUCCGAUGCGCAGCUCUUGUCUCUUUGAUACAGCGAAUCGACCCGGACGUUGAUGUUGAAGCUGCUUUGGAAGAGAUAACAAGCAAUCGUGGUCUAGACAUCGAAGCAUUCACCCAGACAUCACAGGCGUCGAGAGCCGAUCCAGAGAACGGUGCUCUGUCGGAUAGACUUGAAUGGAAUGAACCCUCACUCACCUCACCAUCCGGUCCUCAAAAUGUACCACUUGAUGGAAUGGCAUCACUGCCAAGCAAGAGAGCAGAGACUGGCUACCUCGGAAACACCUCAGGGUCGAGUCUUCUCAGGUCCAUCUCAGACCUGAUUCCACACAAGAACCCAAAAUCUCGGCGUGUCCACGACGAGCAGUCCUCCCUUGCCGAAACUUCUUCAAUCGGUAGCCCGUCUGCGCCGGUCAACCUCGCAGACACCGCCACUAUAAAUAGCCUCAUCGACGCUUAUUUCACAUGGUAUAACCCAUCAUAUCCCAUCUUGCAUGAGAGGACAUUUCGAAGAGAAUACGAGAACCGCCAACAAAUCCAUUCUCGAUCGACAUGGCAUUCGAUAUUUUUCCUUGUCUUGGCAAUUGGGCACUGGACUAUUACGGAGGACACAGAGCAGUGUCACUACUAUACUGCUGCUCGCUCACGCAUGUCUAUGCGAAUGCUAGAGUCUGGCACUCUUCUUGCUGUCCAAGCAUUUCUCUUGAUGGGGAACUAUCUCCAAAAGCGAGACAGGCCCAAUACCGGAUACAACUUUGUCGGAAUCGCAUAUCGAAUGGCGCUUGGCCUGGGUCUUCAUCGUGAGCCGCCACCAGGAAACACAGCUAUCAACACUUUGCUCAACGAGCGGCGGCGCGUGGUAUGGUGGACCGUAUACUGCUUUGACAGUGGGUUCAGCUUCACAACCGGAAGGCCUAUCAUGGUCUCCGACUCUUUCAUAGAGACCAAACUUCCAGGAAAUAUAGACGAUUCGAAUUGUGAAUUAGCCUCCAAUCUCCCCCCACCAACCGAUCACCCGACUUCUUACUCAGCCAUUAUUGCCCAAGCCCGCCUGGCAUCCAUUGGCAAUGUGGUAUUCAGCGAGAUAAUAUCCUCAAUAAAUCAAAGCUCGUGGGACUUGAAGAUCUCACGAUCCAUCGACAACCAAUUCAAAGCAUGGAAACUAUCACUACCCUGCUAUUUCACCGCACCAAACGUCCCACACUGGUUCCAAGGUCCACGCGCAGUAGUCCGGUGGAAAGAACAAAAUCUCCGCAUGAUGCUGUGGUGGGGAAGUAAACGACUAUGCAGCCUCUCCUCUGACCACGAAGAAGCGCAAAACAUGUGUCAUUUCACAGCAGUCGAAACAAUCCAGGAUAUCUCGAACUUUUGCCGGGAUAAUCUUGAUAUUCUUCACGCGGGUCUGAGCUGGUACGCGACAUACUUUAUUUUUCAAGCUGCAGUCGUUCUCAGUAUUCAUCAUCUACGACCGACGCAGCCAAAUCAUGCUGCGUUGGAGCAUGGUGGUAAUGAGCUGUGGUUGUCUUCGAUUAUACGAUCUAGGGACUGUUUGGCAUCUCUGAGCCAGCGCAAUUCGGCGGCAACGCGCUGUUUGGAAGUUUUGGAGAGAAUCGGGGAUCAGCUGCAGCCUUUGCAGCAAUCUUCGACGCCUGUUGCGGGACUGGAAGCAUCGAAUGACUAUCCAUCUGUUCCACUCCAGCAGGAAGAAGUGCCGGCAGAUUUCGAUGUUCCUUCAACGCUGCUGGCGGUUGAUCCUACGCUUCAGAUGCUUUUUGAGGAUACAUCAUGGGAUAAGGAUCUCUUUGAAGGGCUCAAUGGGUUUCCAAGUACGGGCGAAGGAGAGGCAUUUGAUUAUAUUCCAUCAAACAUUGAUCAGAAUUGGUUGAGGUCUUUUGACCCUUCAAACUAA